AUGCAUCGGUUCUUCAAAUCUGAAUUCUUCAACUUCGAAUUCAUCCGCAUUCUCUCCGCCGCCCCCUACGGUGGAGCUGAAAUCGCAGAAUGCCUGGUGGCAGCCGGCCAAAUCACCAACGAUGACCCAGAGAGCUGGCAUCGGGCGUGGAUAAUCCAGGCCGACAAAGCGAAAGCCCUGGGAGAUGAAGCCCUGCACUCUGGUGACACCGUCUCCGCGCGACGAGCCUACCUUCGCGCCUCCAACUACCGCGCCAGUGGCUACAUGUUCCACGAUCGGCCGGGGGCACCGGACGCUCGCGUCUUGCCCCUGGCGCAGCAGGUCCUGGACACUUAUGCUCUCACCUUACCGCUACUAGACACCGGCGAAGCAAGCCAGCUCAAGAUCCCGUUUGAAAACUACCAACUCGCCGCGUACCUUUACCUUCCGCGCGACCGCACGAAGCCUGUACCCGUGCUACUCAGCCUCGGCGGUGCAGACUCCAUCCAAGAAGAGCUGUACUACGUCUACGCAGCCAGCGGACCCCAAUUGGGCUAUGCCGUACUCACCUUCGAGGGACCGGGCCAGGGCAUCACUCUUCGCCGCGACAAGAUGCACAUGCGCCCGGACUGGGAGGUCGUCGUCGGCCGCGUCCUCGACUUCCUGACGGCGUAUAUGCAGCAAAACCCCUCUGUGCAGCUGGACCUUUCACGCGUCGCGGUCGUCGGGGCCUCGAUGGGGGGGUACUACGCCCUCCGCGCGGCUGUCGACCCGCGCAUCGGGGCCUGCGUCUCGAUCGACCCCUUCUACGACAUGUGGGAUUUUGUGCGCAACCACGUCUCGCCGGCCUUGCUGAACGCGUGGAACGCCGGGUGGGUGCCUUCGCGGGUCGUCAACGGCAUCAUGUCGAUGGCGAUGGCAGCUUCGUUCCAGGCUAAGUGGGAGGUCGGCCUCGCGAUGUGGUUCUUCGGCGUCGACUCCCCGACGCAGACGCUGCGACAUAUGAUGAAGUAUACGCUCGCCCGCGCAGAUGGGACGAGUCGGCUGGACCAGGUCAAGUGCCCUGUGUUGGUGUCCGGGGCGACGCAGUCACUGUAUCUGGAGCCGGAGAGCGAUGUGCUCCGUGUCUUUGAUGCGUUGGCGCAUCUGGGUGACGAGCGGCGCGAGAUCUGGAUCGCGAGGUCGCCGGAGGAAGGUGGUUUGCAGGCGAAGAUCGGAGCGAUCGGGCUGGUGGUGCAGAGGACAUUUCGAUUUUUAGAUCAGCAUCUUAAUGUUACGCGGUAG